GCUUUAUUUUCCAAAUUUCAAAAUCAAAAAUAUUCAUUGCCGUCAAAAAAAUAUUUAUUUUCUUAUUUCAUCUAAAACUACACAGCAUAAAUAAAUCUAAUUUUCCUCACUUUCCUCUCAAACAUUUCCUAAUUCCAUCCUAAUAAUUUUCAAAGCUUUAAUUCUAAGAAAUAAUAUCUACAAGAAAAUAUUAUCUCAUGUAUUUCUUCUUCCUCCUUGAUUUUUAAUCUGAUUUUUAACCUUUGGAUUUGGAAAAUUAUAUCUUCUUCUGUCCCAAAUCUAUUUUUAGGUUUGUCAAAACGAUUAUUUUGUUUAAUAAUCGUAAUAGGUAUGGAGACUACCGGAGAAGUUGUUAAAACAACCACCGGGAGCGACGGAGGCGUUACGGUGGUGAGAUCCAACGCGCCGUCAGACUUCCACAUGGCUCCGAGGUCAGAAACUUCAAACACACCUCCCAACUCCGUCGCUCCUCCUCCUCCUCCACCGCCGCAAAACUCCUUUACUCCGUCGGCGGCUAUGGAUGGUUUCUCAAGCGGACCGAUAAAGAAGAGACGUGGGCGCCCUAGGAAGUACGGACACGACGGAGCAGCGGUGACGCUAUCUCCGAAUCCGAUAUCAUCAGCCGCACCAACGACUUCUCACGUCAUCGAUUUCUCGACGACAUCGGAGAAACGUGGCAAAAUGAAACCAGCAACUCCAACUCCAAGCUCAUUCAUCAGGCCAAAGUACCAGGUCGAGAAUUUAGGUGAAUGGUCUCCUUCCUCUGCCGCCGCUAAUUUCACGCCGCAUAUUAUUACGGUGAAUGCAGGCGAGGACGUUACGAAGAGGAUAAUAUCAUUUUCUCAACAAGGGUCUCUAGCUAUUUGCGUUUUAUGCGCAAACGGUGUCGUUUCGAGCGUUACACUUCGUCAGCCUGAUUCAUCUGGUGGUACAUUGACCUAUGAGGGUCGGUUUGAGAUAUUGUCACUAUCUGGAACAUUCAUGCCUAGUGACUCAGACGGGACACGAAGCAGAACAGGCGGGAUGAGCGUGUCGCUUGCUAGCCCUGAUGGACGUGUAGUAGGUGGUGGUGUUGCUGGCUUGCUGGUUGCAGCCACUCCUAUUCAAGUGGUUGUAGGAACUUUCUUAGGUGGAACAAACCAGCAAGAACAGACACCGAAGCCGCAUAACCACAACUUCAUGUCUUCUCCAUUAAUGCCAACUUCUUCGAAUGUAGCUGAUCAUCGAACCAUCCGUCCCAUGACAUCUAGUCUCCCGAUCAGUACAUGGACACCGUCUUUUCCUUCUGAUUCACGACACAAGCAUUCUCAUGACUUUAAUAUCACUUUGACGUGAUUUCUUCCUUGAAGAACUCGUAGAUCCUCUGUAUUUUGGUUUCCAGUUUAGGGCUCUACAUGUUAGACUCUCAAAGUCUAGGUGUUAUGUUGGUCUGUCACUUAGGAUUGUCACUUAGGAUUGUUAGACCAUCUCCAUCAAUGGUUUCUCAUUGAGAAACUGUUCAAUAUAAAAAUAAAAUAUAAUCAAAAAGUAUGAGAGAGAGUAUAAUUAGUCUCUCAAGUGAGAAACUCUAAGACACCUACAAAAACACUUGUAUAUCAUCUAUUGGUCAUAUAUUAUUUUAUUGUUAAAAUUUAA